AUGAAAAAAUCGAAAUCAAAAUCUAAGAAAAAAGUCAAGCCAAAGCACCCUGAAGAUACUCCUAAUACCGCAAUAGAAAAGCGAGCGAUAAGAACGUUACUCAAUUUAAGUGACGACAUGCAACAUUACAAAGCGUCUUCAUUAUCAGGCUCAGAAAUAAUGAGCUGAGAUCAUGAUCCAGAACCUUUGCUAGAAUUAACGGCAACAAAGAAGAAUGAAACUAUUGUCCCAAAGCCUAAGGCCCCUGUUGUAAAACCUGAUAAUUCCAGCAGGACUUCAAGGCUCCCUCCUCCGCAUCCAUUAAGUGCAAAAUCUUCAAAAAAUAUAAGAAUCGAAAAUAAGCCUCAGCUCAGGCCUCAUUCUGUAACUUCAAAGCCAAUCUUACCUAUAGCAGAACAUUUAGAAACAGAAUCUCCACACUCAAAAUCUGCUUCACAGAAUGUGCAGUUAAAGCACCUUUUGAAUUUAAAUACAGUUAGUCUUGAUCCGCCAACUUCUAAAACACCUAUAAAUAGGUUUGUUGUUAAACAAAUUACUCCUAAAAACUCAAAUCGCAAUCAUUCAUUGGAAAGCAAAAGCUAUGAUAAAGAAAAUUCAGAUAUUGAAGAGUUGAAGCUUCAACUUAAGAAACUAACGAGAAGACCGAGGCAAUCUCUUGUAAUAAAGAAAACAGGGAAAAUCCCUAUGGUGAAAUUGGUGGACAGCUUAUUUUCAAAAAAAUCAGUAAAAGCUUAA